GGGUGACAAAGUGUCGAGAGAGAGUGUCGGCUGCGCUCCGCCGAUGGCAAUGGCGACGGGCGGCAGCUCGGACCUCACGGCGCAGGGCGCGCAGUGGCUGCAGGGCGCCAAGGAGGCGGUCAUGCAGAUGACCAAGGGCGAGAAGAAGGACGAGGACGAAUCGUACUCGCCGUUUCAGUCGCUGCAGAAGGCGGCCGUGCUGCAGGAGUGCAGGUGCUUCAACGACCGCGAGAUCAACCCGCGGAAAUGCAUCAGCAUCCUGACCAAGAUCCUCUGGCUCCUGGCGCAGGGCGAGAAGCUGACCGCGCUUGAGACGACCGAGAUCUUCUUCGGCGUGACCAAGCUGCUGAUGCACAAGGACCAGCAGCUCCGGCGGCUCCUCUACCUCGUGCUCAAAGAGCUGAAGCCGAGCCCAGAGGAGGUGAUCAUCGUCUGCGCGACGCUCACAAAGGACAUGAACUCCAAGGUGGACCUGAACCGCGCGAACGCGCUGCGUGUGCUCGGCGCCAUCAUUGCGCGCACCGACCCGACGAUGCUGGCGCAGAUCGAGCGCCACCUCAAGCAGGCGCUCGUCGACAAGAAUUGCUUCGUCGCCGCGUCUGCGCUCGUCUCUGGCAUCCACCUGAUGCACGUCAACCCCGAGGUGGUUCGCCGGUGGGUCAACGAGGUACAGACGGCGCUGGCAUCGGACAACCCUUCGGUGCAGUACCACGCCCUCGCGCUGCUCCACCAGAUCAAGCGGCAGGACCGCCUCGCCGUCUCCAAGGUGGUUGCCUCGCUGACGCGGACGCCGCUCAAGUCGCCGCUCGCGCACUGCCUUCUCAUCCGGUUCGCCAAGGCGAUGAUGGAGGACGGUGGCUCGGAGCGCGACCGCGCGCUCUUCGACUUUCUCGAGGCGUCGCUCCGCCACCGCUCCGACAUGGUCAUCUACGAAGCGGCCACCGCCAUCUGCUCGCUCACGUCGGUGGCGCAGCGCGAGCUGUCGCCGUCGAUCACCGUGCUGCAGCUCUUCCUCUGCUCGCCAAAGCCGGCGUGCCGCUUCUCCGCCGUGCGCACGCUCAACAAGAUCGCGAUGGCGCACCCGAUGGCGGUGACCCCCUGCAACAUGGACAUGGAGGGCCUCAUCAACGACUCGAACCGCUCCAUCGCCACGCUCGCCAUCACCACGCUGCUCAAGACGGGCUCCGAGUCGGGCGUCGAGCGGCUGAUGAAGCAAAUCACGUCUUUCAUGUCCGAGAUCGCGGACGACUUCAAGAUCGUCGUCGUCGACGCGAUCCGCGCGAUGUGCCUCAAGUUCCCGCAGAAGCACCGGCUGCUCAUGACCUUCCUCGCAAACGUGCUGCGCGAGGAGGGCGGCUUCCAGUACAAAAAGGCCAUCGUCGACACGCUGCUCUCCAUCAUCGCGCGCGUGCCAGAGGCCAAGGAGGCGGGCCUCUCGCACCUGUGCGAGUUCAUCGAGGACUGCGAGUUCACGCUGCUCUCGACCCAGAUCCUGUACCUGCUCGGCGUCGAGGGGCCAAGCACGCAGGAGCCCUCGAAGUACAUCCGCUUCAUCUACAACCGCGUCGUGCUCGAGAAUGCGACGGUCCGCGCGUCGGCCGUCUCUGCGCUCGCGAAGUUUGGCAUCUCGAUCGCCUACCUGCGGCCGUCGAUCACGGUGCUGCUGCAGCGCUGCCUGUACGAUAACGACGACGAGGUGCGCGACCGCGCCAUCUUCUUCGUCACGCUGCUCACCGGGCUCGACUCUGGCGCGACGCUCGCCGGAAAGUCGGCGCAGUCGCUGCUGCUCGAGCCGCUGCCGGUGCCGCUCGCCGCGCUCGAGGCGUCGUGCAGAGAGUACCUCGCCGCGCCCACCGAGCGCCCCCUCUCGAUCGACGACGUCACCAUCGACGCCGAGAUGCUCGCGAAGAUGCAAAAGGAGGCGACCAGCAAGGCGGCGGCCGCGAGCGAGGACGCCGGGCCCGCCGCCGACGCGCCCGCGCCCGCAAUGGCGGCGCCGGCCGAGGAGGCGGACCUGCUGUCGCGGAUGCCCGAGUUUGUGCACGUGGGCGCGCGCUUCACCUCGUCGAAGCGCGUGCCGCUGUCCGAGGUUGGGACCGAGUACGAGGUUGUGUGCACCAAGCACCUGUACGCGUCGCACCUCAUCCUCGCCUUCCAGCUCAACAACACGCUCGAGGACCAGCUUCUCUCCUCCGUCACGGUGGCGCUCGACCUGGCCGCCGUGCCGGGCCUCGCGCUCGAGACGCACGUGCCGUGCGCCUCGCUGCCCUUUGGCCAGCCGGGGACAGCGUACGCUUGCCUGCGCCGGCUGGAGGGUGUGCCGGUCGGCACCAUCCCCUGCACGCUCAAGUUUGUCGUCAAGGACGUCGACCCGGCGACCGGGCCGACGGACGACGAGCCUGGGUACGAGGACGAGUACCAGCUGGAGGAGCUCGAGGUGUGCGCCGCCGACUUCAUGAAGCGUGUCGCCGUGCUCGACUUUCGCGCCGCGUGGGAGUCGGUCGGCAACGGCUGCGAGGUGGUCGAGACCUUUUCGCUGUCGUACAACUCGAUCCGGCAGGCGAUGGAGGCGGUCAUCGACUUCCUCGGGAUGUCCCCGUGCGAAAACUCGGCCGCGGCGCCCGACGACGUGACCAAGCUGACGGUGCUGCUCUCGGGCGUCUUCCUGGGCGGGAUGCAGGUCUUUGCGAUAGUCAACUUGCGCGCGGACUCGAACCGGGCGGUCGGCAUGCGGCUGACGGUCCGCUCGUCGGAUAUGACGGUCUCGCAGUUUGUCGCGAGCUCCGUCGCGUGAGGCCUCGGGGCGGGGCGGGGGUGGGGCGAGUGGCCGCGAGGCUUGGGGCGAGAGAGGUGGCGCGCACAAGUCGCAGCACCGGCCGGCGCGGGGCGGAGGUCGGUGGGGAGAGAGAGAGAAGGGGGGAUGUCUUAUUCGUCUACUCCCGCGUAUACAAC